UGCAGUCAUGAAGACCAGCCCUCCAGCACUGCUCUACAUUCUGUCAAUCUUGAUGGCAUUCACUGAUAUGUCUGCACCAUGUUGGCAGCCUGCCCCAUCUGGGCCUUCUCCAGAUUCCUCGAGUCUCAGUUGCUUUUAUGACUCAGUGGAGAUUCUCUCUUGCACUUGGACCCCGAUGAAAAAUAUCACUGAAGCACAAUGUCAGCUCGAGGUUCGACUUGAGUCAACGUCUGACAGGUACAAAGGACCGGAGACAUGUCAACUGCAAGGUAUAGCCAACAGGAGCUGUGAGCUGAACGUUUUGAAAUUUGACAUGACUAUUACACACGCUAUUCUUGUGGAAGUGUAUUGCCGUACUGGGCAGAACCGGACAUGGAUGCAGAAUCAAAGGAUGUGUCCUUUUCAGAACCUUCGACUGCAGUCUCCUUGCAACGUCCAAAUGGAAAAUGACGAGAAGCUUUCCUACAAUUUAACUUGGAAGCUCUGUGCUCUCUCACAUUAUUUAGAAAAUGAGGUGGAGUACCAAAUACGAUAUAAAAAAAUAGAUCCUAGCAAGGCUUACAUAAUCGGCUCCAAUAUUCAGGAUCAGAGGUGGAUGAAAUUUGAGACUCUUUCUCCUGACACAAUGUAUGAGGCCUCUGUUCGUGUGAAGGUAAAAAAGAUCACGGCUCUUUACAAUAGCACAUGGAGCAAAUGGAGCGUGCCUGUAACAUGGACGACCCAUAAAGGGGAUGCGUCGUCUCCAAGUCUGCUCCUGACAGUUCUUCUCACCCUUUUGGGGAGUCUCAUCUUUAUCUUCCCCUUCUUCGUCGCCAUUUUCCUGAGGGGCAAAUCACCCGCAUCAAAACGCUUAAGGAAGGUGCUGAAGAUCCAUUUGCCAGACCCUGCUGAGUUCUUCCCGUCUCUCACUGCUGUCCAUGGAGGAGAUAUCCAGAAGUGGCUGUCCUCGCCAGCGCCCAUGUCUUCCUUCUACCUGGCCGCAGCAGUUCCAGAUGUUUCUGUGCUUGAGGUGAUGCAGAAAGGCAAUCAAGAGCCUUGCCUUCUCCUUCCCAAGGAACACCCUACUAAUACGGAUGCACCAGAGACUAGUGGACAUUCUUCAUCCAGCUGCUUUACCAACCGGGGCUAUUUUUUCUUCCACACCGAUGAUUCCCUCGAGAUUGAGCCCUGCAAGGUGUAUUUCACCUACGACCCUCUUACUCAAGAGAUCAGUGGCAGUGAGGACAGUGACCCUGACUCCUACAAAGUGCUCCAUGAAACUUGGGACAACCGGUCGCCGCCACCUGCCUACAGCAUCAUGGCAGACCAGGAGAGUGAGUCUUUUCUGCAAGAAGCAAAGGUCCCAAACCAGAAGGUUGGAGGUUGUCCAAGGACUCUUCCAUCAUCAGAGAGCUUCCCCGUGACAUCAGAAGUGAAAGAGGAUGAGAACAAAGAAGGGAGUGAGGCCAUUGCUCACCCCAACAAAUCUCCGGAAAAGUAUUCCAUGGACUUUUCAUGUGUCUGGGAGCCGUCUGGCAGCAAUACUGAUGGAACAGAAGCAAUUGGAAGGGUAGCCCCUUCUACAGGCUCUGUGGAAGACAAUGGGCCUGCAUUUCCCCAGCCUAUGAUUCAGAACUCAGGCCAAGCCGAUGAUCUCUGCAGAGCUGCAUCUUCCAGCCAGGUGCUGAGCUCUUCAGAGGCCUACCUGACCCUGAGGGAUCUUCAGGGCCAUUAUGGCCAUCACUCAGUCUGAACUCUGAACAGUCCCUGAAAGCAAGAAAGCAUCAACGCCAUCAGUUAAAUGUCAUCAAAGAAAAUGAAAGGGAACAUAAGGCUUUUAACAGGCAAUGGGACUUACAUUUUUAACUCUCCUCUCCCCCUCUCAAUACACAAUAGUGCCCCCCACCCUGUAGUGUUGGGAAGCCAGGAGAGCAACAGAGCCCCACCCUUACCACCUCACUGGAUGCUACUGAAGUAUAAGGAGAGGGUUUUGAGGUGCUGUAAGUGGUGGGUUUAGGGGGGCUAGCUGUAAGGGGGAGGGGGUUGGUGAGUUAUAAGGGGGCGGUGAGCAAAGAGGGCAGGGGACAGCCCCUAGUAACUAAUGAAAAUGGAAAUAGGAACCAGAUUUAUGGCACGGGGUGGGAAGCAUAUGGCUGCAUUUUAUCUUGAAAGUGGUUACCCAGAAACUUAUAAAUGGAGCCCAUUGCCAUCUGUUAAUCCAUUUUCUUGAAUAAAUUCUUGAAUUUUGGGAGCAUGUGAUAUGCCACUGAGGCAUGUCUUUCCCACAGAAAGCUCUGCUUUCACCACGUGGUACACCCUACUGUGGAUAACAUGGACAAUGGCAUUCUUGUGCCCAUUAGGAAGCAAAGAUCCUACCUCGAUACAGUGGUACCUUGGUUCUCGAACUCAAUCCGUUCUGGAAGUCCGUUCGAUUUCCAAAACGUUCGCAAACCAAGGUGUGGCUUCUGAUUGGCUGAUUGGCCCCAGAAACAAGGCCAACAACCAAAAUGGACAUUCAGCUUCCAAAAAACGUUCACAAACCGGAAGGCUUACUUCUGGGUUUGUGGCAUUCAGGAGCCAAUUUGUUUGGAAACCAAGCAGUUUGGGAACCAAGGUACAAGGUAGUGAAUUGUUGUCUACAGGUCUAAAAGAAUCCUAUAAGUCUAUGAAGCUCCAGUGGAACAGCACGUGCCCAGUAAAUUGUUGCUCAGGGAUGUAACUGAAAAUUUUCUGGUGCUUUUUAUUAUAUGGUUUUAUACCUUAUUGCUACUACGAAAGAAUCUGAUGCACUGAAGAUGUGAGGUGCAUUACCUUCUGCUGGUCUAAAAAACCCUCUGUAAUUCCAUAUGUUAGAGACAGAUGAACAUAGUUUACUGAAGUCAUUGCAUCAUUUUAGCUAAGAGUAUUGAGUUGUAUUUGAGUAGACCCACUGAAAUGAAAGAACCUAAGUUCGUUGUGUGUAUUAAGUGGGUCUUCUCUGAGUAGGACUAGCAUGGGAUACAACCCAUUAUUUGUAUCUUGGCUGGUUGUUUUAAAUUGCUUUCAAUGUUUGAUUAAUUGGGGUUACCUUUCUUUUUGCAAUUUAAGCUUCGUUACAGCAAAGGGAAAAGGCGUACUUCUAGCAAUAACUUGUUUAGCUUUUGAAUACGACAACUUUGAAAUAAUCCCACUUUCACCCAAAUUGUUGAUUUUAAAUUUUCCCUUGUUGGAUGUGCAUACGCCAUUGAUGUUCAUUAUAACAAGAUCCCAAAAUUUAAUGAGCCAUUUUCUUAGAUGUAGGGCAUCUUUUGCAGCAGUCAGCAUAUUGCGGUUGUGCUACCAGGACCGUGUGAAAGAGUAAUGUUCCAUUGUCUCUAGGCACUACUUCCUUUAAAAAAAAAUUCCCUUUAGGGUUUAGAGGCAAAUGAAGGUCCAGAAUCUUUUUGAUCAUCUACAGAAUGUGGAUCCAGUAGCUUCUUGCUCAGAAUCUA